GUGAAGUCUAUAAAAAUCGAAAGGGCAAACCCGUUCGGCUGCUCCCUAUCCCUCUUAAGUUCACACAAACCUAACAAAUCUUCGAAUCGUCGUGAUGAUGUCGUCUUCUGCGGCGGAGAACGGAAGCAAGAAGAUAACUCUGAGGAGCUCUGAUGGCGAGGUUUUCGAGGUGGAAGAGGCGGUUGCUGUCGAGUCUCAGACUAUUAAGCACAUGAUUGAGGACGAGUGCGCCGACAACGUUAUCCCUCUCCCUAACGUCACCGGUAAGAUCCUCUCGAAGGUGAUCGAGUACUGCAAGCGCCACGUGGACGCGGCCGCCGCCUCUGCCACCAAGGCGGACGACAAACCUUCCCCUGAUGACGAUCUCAAGAAUUUCGACGCGGAUUUUGUCAAAGUGGACCAGGCCACGCUCUUUGAUCUUAUUUUGGCUGCAAAUUACCUGAACAUCAAGAGUCUUUUGGACCUGACCUGUCAGACUGUUGCUGACAUGAUCAAAGGAAAGACACCUGAGGAGAUUCGCAAGACGUUCAACAUCAAGAAUGAUUUCACGCCUGAGGAGGAAGAGGAAGUCCGGAGAGAGAACCAGUGGGCCUUCGAAUAGAUCUGUUGAAAUGAAUGAUCUUUUGGUUAAGUUAUUUUAAUGAUGGCUGAAAUAUUAAAUUAUCUUGACUUCUUUAUGACGUGAAUUUUAAGGAUUGCUUUGCGCUGAACUGGAUUUACCUUCACGUACAAUUGUUUUGCUCUUUUGUUCAUGUGUGUCCUUCUGGAAGGAUUAUCCACGGUGUUGUGAAGAAACAUAUUACCUAUUUAGUUGUUGGUCUCCAAUGAUUUAUUUGAUUGUGCUUGUUUGCUUGUGUACAAAGGGUGAAAGAUUUCUGCGCUAGUAGAAUAUGAGAAAUCUUGUUGAUAGCAGGUACACACACACAAACACACCCCAAAUUUGAUGACCAUGAAAGUGUUAUUUUGGCUUCUUGAGUAUGAUGCUCACAGUUUGAAGCUUUUGAAGUAAAUAGUCAUCUGAAUGAGAUGAUGUGAUUUUUGUUAAAUUGAGAUUUGUUAAUGUUUCAAAUUUUGUGUUGAAGCGUUCUACUUAAUGGAGGGGAUUUAUAUCCUUGGGCUAUUUUGUCAUUGUAUCGUCUACUAGGAGAAAUUCCAUUGAUGUUUCAUAUUUAGUCCAUUAUUCAGUUGAGAAGUGGAAAUCCAAUUAAUUAAGUGAAUACAUACUUUGAGACAUAGUACUUGUUACUAGGCCUUGAUAUAAAUUUGCAGGUAAUGUCUCAUACUAUGCCUUGGCCAUCUGCAACUGCUAUUUAUUCUUGUAGAAAUGCGUCAGCUAUGCCUUGG